GUGGCAACAGUGCAUCCCUCCAGCGGCCGCCCGUAGACGUGUCACCGAUAACACAGGCAUUGGCCGCCGCCGCUCCAGGACAACACGCCAGCCAAAUAGUCCUUCCCCAGCCAUUAAUGCCCUGCUGAGGUGCCCUGAGUCGCGUGUGUCCUACAGGAAGCUGAGGCCAUGAACCGUGUGGCGUUGGUGGCGGCCGUCCUGGCGGUAGGGGCUGCACAGGCCUUCUACCUCCCCGGUCUGGCCCCCGUCAACUACUGUCUCAAAGGCGUGAUGGACGAGAAUAAGUGUCAGUCGUCAGUGCCACUCUACGUGAAUCGGCUGAACUCCGAGGAGUCUAUCAUCCCUUAUGAGUAUGCCCACUUUGAUUUCUGUCAAGCAACUGAAAAACCUGAUACAAUAGUGGAGAACCUGGGCCAGGUGGUCUUUGGAGAGCGCAUUCAGCCAUCCCCGUACUCGAUUGAAUUCAUGAAAAAUCAAAACUGCGUCAAAGUUUGCUCCAAGUCAUACAAAACAAGUGACAAAGAGGACAAGAAGAAGCUGAAUGAUCUGAAGCGUGCAAUGAACCUCAACUACUAUCACCACUGGAUUGUGGACAACAUGCCGGUCACUUGGUGCUACCAAGUGGAUGGCGGCAAUGUUUUCUGUGCCACUGGUCAUCCCGUCGGCUGUUUUGUCGACGCUGGUUACCGACGCAAGGAUGCUUGUGUCAUGGAUGCUCGAUACAAGGAGAGGAAUACAUACUACCUCUUCAAUCACGUGGACCUGAACAUCACCUACCACAGUGGGGAUAAUGAGAAUUGGGGCAAUGCCUUCAGCGGUGCCGGAGGACGUAUUCUGUCUGUGCGUGUCACCCUGAGGAGCAUCAAGCACAACCAGGGUGGUGGCAAGGAGGCCUGCGAGAGCCAAGAGGUCAUGGGCAUUCCCAGUGAUUUCAAAGAAGACGUUACUGUCACAUACACAUACAGUGUUAUGUUUUCUAAAAGUAAUACUGACAUCCGCUGGUCUUCUCGCUGGGACUACAUCCUGGACUCCAUGCCUCACACCAACAUCCAGUGGUUCAGCAUCCUCAACUCACUGGUCAUUGUGCUCUUCCUCUCCGGAAUGGUGGCAAUGAUCAUGCUUCGCACACUGCAUAAGGAUAUUGCCCGAUACAACCAGAUUGACGCUGGGGAGGAUGCUCAUGAGGAGUACGGGUGGAAGCUUGUCCAUGGUGAUGUGUUCAGGCCGCCACGCCGAGGCAUGCUGCUGUCCGUCCUGGUGGGCUCCGGGACCCAGGUGUUCAUCAUGACGCUCAUCACACUGUUCUUUGCCUGCCUUGGAUUCCUCUCACCGGCUAACCGUGGAGCCCUAAUGACCUGUGCAAUGGUGCUGUACGUCUGUCUUGGCUUCCCGGCUGGCUAUGUUGCCGCCCGCCUCUACAAGAGCUUUGGCGGUGAAAAGUGGAAGACAAAUGUUCUGCUGACAUCAAUGCUCUGCCCAGGUGUUGUGUUUGGCCUGUUCUUCAUCAUGAACCUGAUGCUGUGGUACAAAGGGUCCAGUGCUGCCAUCCCCUUCACCACCCUGCUGGCCCUCCUGUCCCUCUGGUUCUUGGUGUCUGUGCCACUCACCUUUGUUGGCUCCUUCUUUGGAUACAGAAAGAGGUGUCUGGAGAACCCAGUGCGGACAAACCAGAUCCCAAGGCAGAUCCCUGAGCAGAGUAUGUACACCCGACCUCUGCCGGGCAUCAUCAUGGGCGGGGUGCUGCCCUUCGGCUGCAUCUUCAUCCAGCUGUUCUUCAUCCUCAACUCCAUCUGGUCAUCGCAGACAUACUACAUGUUUGGCUUCCUGUUCCUGGUGUUCCUCAUCUUGGUGGUCACCUGCUCUGAGACCACUGUGCUCCUCUGUUACUUCCACCUGUGUGCUGAGGAUUACCACUGGUGGUGGCGCAGCUUCCUCACAUCUGGCUGCACAGCUUUCUACCUGUUCAUCUACUGCAUCCACUACUUCUUCAGCAAGUUGAGCAUACAUGGUGUUGUGUCCACUAUGCUGUACUUUGGGUACACCCUCAUCAUGGUCUUCCUCUUCUUCGUCCUCACAGGUACCAUUGGGUUCAUCGCUUGCUUCUGGUUUGUUCGUAAGAUCUACAGUGUUGUGAAGGUGGAUUAGCAUCCUGUAAAAACUCAAGUUGUUAUGCAAGGUCCCAGCCUGCUCUGGCUUGGGUAAGGAAUCCACAGUGGUUUAUACAGCAAUGAACAUUCAUCCCAGAGGUUAUCUCACUUAAAUACAGUAGUAGCUCCCUGAAGCACACAUUUUGAAGGAUAGUGGCAACCUGGCAGGCAAGCACUGGCAGGGCUUGGAAUAUUGGUGUUAACAUAUGCAUUUUGUUAAAACUACACAGUAAGAUUUCAUCAUACAUCAAGUUACUUUAUAGAUAUCAUUGGUAGCUGUUUUAUAUUAUACUUUGCAGAUAAUUCAAAAUCAACAUACUUAAAGUUUGGAGGGUAUAGUCUUUAAUAGUUAUUAAUAUUUCCUUAUGUUUUGUUUUAUUCUUUUUUGGGUUGAUAUAUUGGUUAGAUAGUAUUCAGAUAUUAAUUUUAUAUCCCGCUUUAUAAGUUAGUAAAGUAGUAUCAUUAUUUUCUCUCUCUUUCUAUCUAUCUUUGUCUAUCUACCUUUUUAUAUAUCUCUCUCCAUAAAGAUGAACUACAUUGUGCAUAGAUAGAUUAAUUAUCCACAUGCAGUAGUCAUUUGAAAGUAAUCACAUUCAUUUUCUGCUUAUGAUCCUAUGUCAGAUCCUUCCUGGGGCUUUUUGAGUGUUGGAAAUCCUGCCCUUCCACAUAGUAUUCUCAAAAGUGCCCAACCCCUACCAUGUAUAUUUCAUGUUUUUGCAUCCCAUCAUUCAUCAUACUUGUUUGUACAUAAGUGAACAAGAGUCAUGGCUCAGUGGAAGUUUUUGCAGAAAUAGAUAAUGAUAAUAAAUAGAAUAUGAUUGUAGUGCAUUUUUUUUACAUUGUACUAUUUAAACUAUGUCUAAAAGGACUUGGAGACUAGUAAGGCAUGCUGCCCAUUUUUGUCAUCACUGGUGCCCUGGGGCCAUUUUGGCAGACAUAGUUUACUUUUGAAAACUAGUAGAAAUUUACCUGCAGCUAACACAGAGUAUUUAUGUGUCAGUCAUAAUAUGAAGGGAAUUAUAUAUUUAAUAGAUUUACGUUAUCAGAAAUGUUAUUUAAAUUUAAUACAUAGUUUUUUAGUAUCAACAAUUUAUUUUUCUUUGUUCAGAUUUGAAGUCCUUCAGUGAUGUUUUCUACCCAGAUCAUAAUAUUACAAUAAUGUUUAAAGAAAGCAAGGAAAUGUUCCACAUGGACUAGAGAUGGUAUUUGCUGCAGCAGUUAAAUUGCAUAUAAAUGAGGAAUCUUUGCUGUAAAUAUUAAAUAAAAUUACAGUAAUAGGUUUUAUAGUGAAGUAAGAGUUAUAAAUAUAUAUGAAGUUGGCAUUGAUAAUGUACACCAGAAUAUAUAAAUGUAUGAUGUUUUCUUAAACAUCUCUAAUCAUUAGACCAACUGAAUCCACUGUUCCGUGGUAUUUUCUAUUCAGCAAUGUAACUGCUCAGCUAUUAAUAUGAAACUGGUUGAUUUUUCUUUAGCAGUGUGAUUCAGAAAACAAUAUUUUUAACUCAUUCUCCUUUGUAGAAAACUAUGUUUAUUUCAAACCUUUUAGCUAUCACUUUUAAUUUAUUUUUAAAAUCAUUGGGAACAGUUUGGUGUGACAUAAGAGCAGAUAUUUAUAUUAACCUCAUAAGUAAAUACAAAGAACCAGCUUUUGUUGGUUUUGUUCAGAAAAGUUUUUAGGUGUUAAUAAUACCUAAAAAAAUCUAUCCUAUGAAAGUUUGGGGUAGUGUAAGAAGUGUAUGUGAUGCUCAGUGUGCACAAAAUAAGAUGACAUUACUGAGCUUUUCUUCCUAAUGAAGUUUUAUUGAUAUGGCAUUAAAGUGAAAAAGGGUUAUUCAGUACAUUGCUGUUAGCACUGUGUGUAAAUGAUUUUUGCUAAAGUGUGACGUGUUGCUGUGACCACUGCAUUACCUAAGCUAGUGUGACAUUCAGUUUGGUCUAGUUUUCAGUGUGAUUAUGUACAUAGUUUUCAUCAUAUGAUAGCAUGAGGUGUAUGUUUAAUAUGACUAGUUUGAUAUUUUGCUAGCAUAAGGGCUAUUGGUGUAAUUUAUUUAAUCCAGUUCUAAAGAGUGGUUUGCUGAUUUCUACUGCAUUUUCUUUUUUUCAUCAGUUUUCUUGGAUGUUCACAUUCAGAGCACAUUUUACAGAUAAGUCCCACAGGCCUUGGUUCUUAAUGAGACUCUUCAGUACCUUGCUGCAUUGCCAGACAGCCAUGAACCUUCAUUUGAACCUUUGAUGCUAACACAGUUCAGAUCAGUUGCUACAGGUGGGUGUUGGGCCAUGAUUGUGUCAGGUGUCUUGAGAUGCUGAAGAUAGUGUGUGUGUUUGUGUGUGCAUGUGUGUGUGUCUGGGUGUGUGUGUGCUCUUGCACUUUUUCCCCUAUGAAUAACAUAGACUUGAUCACCUUUCUUUGUACUUUAUGGUCUUUCUAGAAAGUCUUCAGGUAAUAACAGUAUCACAUUAAAUUGUUUAGUAGCCAGAUUAUGCCUUAUGCUGUAAUAAAUUGCAUACACAUAAAUAUCAAGGUUUUGGCAUUUCAAAAGCUAUUGUAACAUGUUUAACAUGCCUUAUGUUAUCCAUAUAUGGAGAUGCUUGAUUUCUUUUGUACCAUUUAAUCCAAAAGAUCAGUUUCAUAAGUUUUGGGUCAAUUAGCAUUGUGUUUUUGUGCAAUGCUUAAAUUUCUAACAUACACAUUUUCAUCCCAUGUUAAUAUUCUAAUAGGGAACAAAGGUAAUUAAUGUAUUGAUUAUAUUUGAGUUUGGAGGAGUUUCUCAAAGUGUCAGAGUUAUCUGUCCAAGAAGAUAGUUUUAAACUUUAGUUCUGCAGUAAUAAUAAUAAUAAUUUUUCACUAGUUUCUUAUGUUCAUUAAAAAGCAGUGGAGCAGGUCCUGAUAAAUGUGUGGAGUGUCUGGAUGAGUCAAUUGCUCACUGGCACCUAAUGUUCUUGUUCAUAUGUAAUGUGAGGAUGGCAAUUACUUAUUAACUGCAUUUAUACAGCGCAAUUUAUUGUUCUCUUUGUGUUGUUUAAAUAGGUUGAAAAAAGUGUUGGGGGCAAUAAUUAAAAAGUUUUUUGUUAUGUUUGCUGCUGGAUUACAGAAUGUUGAAAUCUUCUUGGGUUAGGCAGAUUAUGAGUUUCUGUUUUAGAUGCUGAGACUUUUGAGUUCCCACGGUAUUGGAACUUCAGUGUAUAUUGAGGAGUAAUUGCUUGGGCAUUAUCUAGACAGGUUAGUCAGUAGUUAUCCAGAGGUGGAUCAAAUUUUUCUCAUUAUUGGCAUUUUGUGUGAUUGACGAGGCCACUCUCCGAAUAUUUUUGUAACAAGUGAUACUGAAUAUAUUACUGGUUCUAUGUUA